AUGAGUAGCCUUGUGUUGCUGAAGCUAAUAUGCCUGUUGGUAUUCCUUGGAUGGAUGGUGGUAUGGAUUGUGUUACCCUUGGAAAUAUAUAAGUAUAAUUGGCUUCCCAUACUAGAUAAGAAGUUCAAUCCAACAUACAUUGGUGAGCAAGGAGUAAAUCUUUUCUUCCUCACAUUUCCUGUGAUGUUAAUCGCUGUUCUUGGUUGCAUUUACCUUCAUCUGAAGAAUAAAAGAGAAUCUUCCUUGGAAAGUACUUCACCUCAGAAACAUCUGGCAAUGUUGAGACGUCCUCUUUUAGUUAUGGGACCUCUAGGGGUGGUUACUGCAAUGGAGCUCAUGUUUCUGAUUAUGGGGAUCGCGCUUGUGUGCUGGCAAUUUGGCCAUUACUAUUAUGUCAGCGUUAAACAUCCGUUCAUGGGACAUGGCCGCGAGCAUCAGAAAGAGUGGCAAAUUACUUUCCGGACUGUGUCACUAAGACUUGGUUAUGCCUCAAACAUAUCCUGGGCCUUUGUGUUCUUCCCUGUGAUUCGAUUGUCAUCGCUUUUACCUCUGGUUGGUCUCACAUCUGAAUCCAGCGUCAAGUAUCAUAUAUGGAUUGGACAAGUUGUCAUGAUAACUUCUGCGUUGCACAGUGCUGGUUUUUUCAUAUACUGGGCUAUAGUUAACCAACUGUAUCUGGCGCUUGAAUGGAGCAAAACUCAUGUGUCGAAUAUAGCUGGAGAAAUAUCUUGGGUUUUCUUGAUAGCAAUGUGGGUAACAAGCUUUGCGUACACCAGAAGAAAGUCUUUCGAAGUCUUCUUCUACACUCACCAACUUUAUGCUCUUGCGACCUUCUUCUACGUCGUGCACAUAGGAGUUGCCUGGACGAUGCAGCUCCUUCCUGGAAUUUUCCUCUUCACGCUCGAUCGAUAUCUAAGAUUCUUACAAUCGCGCUCUCGUGCAAGGUUAAUCUCAGUUCGUGUUCUUCCCGGUGGGACAGUGGAGAUGACUUUUUCCAAGAGUCGAGGUGUACGUUACAAUGUCGCAAGUAAUUUAUUCGUGAGCGUGCCGAAAAUUUCCACGUUACAGUGGCACCCUUUUACUGUGAGCUCAAAUGAUAACAUGGAACCUGAUAGGCUAAGUAUCAUCUUCAAGACUGGAGGGAGUUGGACAACCAAGCUAUACAAAGAACUUUCAUCUUCUUCUCUAGACAGGGUUGAAGUCGCUGUUGAAGGACCAUAUGGACCAGCUUCUACCAGCUUUAUCAAGCAUAAAACCUUGGUGUUGAUCAGUGGAGGCAGUGGUAUGACCCCAUACAUAUCCAUAAUACGCGAAAUUAUACAUCAAUCAAACACCCAAAAAGGCCCGGUUCCAAAGGUUCUCCUCAUCUGUGCCUUCAAACAAGCAGCUGAUCUCACCAUGCUCGAUCUCUUGCUUCCUACCGAGAGCACUCCUGCUGAUCUUUCAAACAUUGAUCUCGAAAUUCAGGCAUACGUUACUCGAGAGGAUCAUGCACCUGCAAUCAAUAACCAGGAUAUGGUAGUUCAUACCAAGUGGUUCAAACCCAGCCCGUUGGACUCACCUAUCACCCCGGUUUUGGGACAAAAUAGUUGGCUAUGCCUUUGCCUCAUCAUCACUUCUUCCUUUGUUCUGUUUCUUGCCCUCUUAUUUUUUGUGACUCAAUACCAUAUAUAUCCCAAAGAUAAAAACACUAACAACGUAUACGACUUCACUAUCUGGGUUUUGUGGGAUGUGUUUCUUAUGUGUGUCAGCAUUAUCUUCAUUAGCAGCAUCGUCUUCCUAUUUCAAAAGAGGAAAAUAGCCGCGUUAGAAGAGAAGCAGAUCCAGAACGUGGAUGUGCCGACACCAAUGACUUCACCGGGAUCUUGGUUGUGCGGCGGGGGCGGAGAGCUUGAAAGUCUCCCGUACCAGUCUCUUGUUCAAGCUACCCAGGUGAACUACGGAGGGAGGCCUGAUCUCCAGAAAAUAUUGUUAGAGUGCAAAGGAGACGAUGUCGGAGUGAUGGCUUCCGGGCCAAGGGGAUUAAGACAUGAUGUUGCAAGAAUUUGUUCAGGGUUUGGUGCAACCAACCUGCAUUUCGAGUACCUUAGCUUCAACUGGUGAUUCUGAUUGCACAAAUAGUUCAAAUUCUGUGCUCUUUUUUUUCACUUGUUUUCUUUCUUUUAUUCUUUGUAUAGUUACUUCUCUUGUACAGACUUGAUUGUGGUGACGGAUUGCUUGUAAUUAAUCACACACUAAUCAGUCAAUACUUAAUAUGAAAGCUUGUUUGUCAUGAAUCUAAA